CCACAAUUAAUAAUCAGCGCCGCCCCUGGCGGUGUCUUUGGUGUGAAUUUCACCAUUUAAGUGAAUUUGUUCCAAGUGGAUGGCGUCACCCCCUCCCCCCCAUCCUUUCCCCUUGUGUGCUACUGAACGCCAAUGGUAUUCUGCGGCUGUGCCAUCUGGUGAUCGGGACCGCAUUGGCCUGCACUGCGUACGUUGUUUUGAGGAAGAGGGGUCCGGGGGACAACGCAAUCGAAUCCCUGCCAGCAUGCAAUUGUCCUAAGAUAAGCCCUUCCCUCGGGUACACUCCGACGUCGAUGCCAUUUUGGAGGGGUCGUCUAUAUAAGCCCAAAGACGGGACGUUGAAUCCUCAUGCGUGGAUGGACGUACCAGUGGCAAAAUUUGAAACUGAGAUCAGAGGAGACAAAAUCUCGAGUCAGCAUGGCACCUUCAGCAACAGAAUCUACCACGGUGACUGAACCAGUCAACCUUCCGGUGAAAAACCUUCGCCUGUAUGCCGACGGCUCCGGUGAUUACAAGGAGCUUGCACCUAUUGUAUACGACAAAGACGCCGAGGCGAAGGGAGGGGACGGCCAUAAGGGCGCAAAGUAUCCUCAUUACCUUCCCACAUGGAACCCCGAGCAAAAAUACCCUCCCCUAGAACCCUUCCAGCACUACGAACAUGGCAAGGAUGCCGACCCCAGCUUCCCGGACCUUCUCCCCAAGGAGGCCCAGGUGACCGACCUGACGCCCACGAUCGGCACGGAAGUCAGGGGCAUCCAGCUCAGCAAGCUCAGCAACGCCGGCCGCGACCAACUCGCCCGCUUCGUCGCGGAGCGCAAGGUCGUCGCCUUCCGCGGUCAAGACCUUGCCGACCUUUCCAUCGACAAGGCCCUCGAGUUUGGCGGCUACUUUGGUCGUCACCACAUCCACCCCACCUCCGGAUCGCCCGAGGGCUUCCCGGAGAUCCACCUCGUCCACCGCGCCGCGGGCGACAGGUCGGCCGAGGAGUUCUUCGCCACCAGGACGAGCUCGAUCGCGUGGCAUUCGGAUGUCUCGUACGAGCAGCAGCCGCCGGGCACGACAUUCCUGUACAUCCUCGACAAGCCGGAGACGGGUGGCGACACUCUCUUCUGCAACGCCGUCGAGGCCUACAACAGGCUCAGCCCGCUCUUCCAGGAGAGACUCCACGGCCUACAGGCCGUCCACUCUGGCGUCGAGCAGAUCAACGCUUCCGUCAACAAGGGCAGCAUCAAGCGCCGCGAGCCCGUUGCAAACACCCACCCCAUCGUCCGGACGCACCCCGUGACCGGUGAGAAGGCCCUCUACAUCAACCCUCAAUUCACCCGUGAGAUCGUGGGUCUGAAGAAGGAAGAGUCGGACGCUCUGCUCAAGUUCCUCUACGAGCACAUUGCGUGGGGCGCCGACUUCCAUGCCCGCGUCAAGUGGGAGGAGGGGACCGUCGUCGUCUGGGACAACCGUGUUACCCAGCACUCUGCGCUGAUUGACUGGAACAACGGCUCGCGGAGGCACUUGGCCAGAAUCACGCCGCAGGCUGAGCGGCCAUACGAGACACCUUUCAAGGGUUAGAGGGCCGGUGAGAUGACGAGGUAUGAGUUUGUAGCGUGUACAUCAAAGGGGCCAAUUUGGUCAUGAACGAUUUAGGGCCGGCCGAAGAGGCCUAGGGCAGUGGUAGAGAACUGCAAAAAUAAUAAUAAUAAGAAAAUAAAAAAAAAUAACCAGUCAAGAAAAAGUAC